GUUGGACUAAUAACCCAAAGGUUGGCGGUUCGAAUCCAAGAGCUGACAAGUCGAGGAGACCCAGUGCGGUUGCAUGGAAAUGGACAGCGAGAUAGAAAGUGGUAGGAAGAGACGAGUCAACAGCAAAGAUGAUCUGCUAGCUGAUGUUGGUUCAGGGAGCCUAGGUUGCUGUGGCUGGCUCAUUGUGAUCCUCUCUGGACUGUGCGUCUUCUCCCUGUUCCCCUUCACCAUCUGGUUCUGUAUAAAGAUAGUUCAGGAGUAUGAACGUGCUGUCAUCUUCAGGCUGGGCCGUAUUACAGACCGGAAGGCUAAGGGACCAGGUAUCUUUUUCGUGCUGCCAUGCACAGACUCCUUCGUGAAAGUGGACCUGAGAACUGUGUCAUUCGACAUUCCUCCACAGGAGAUCCUGACUAAGGACUCCGUGACAGUGUGUGUUGAUGGGGUGGUGUACUUCCGGGUGAGUGACCCCAUCUCCUCGGUGGCCAACGUGUCCAACGCAGACUUCUCCACCCGUCUCCUGGCCCAGACCACCCUGAGAAACGUCCUGGGAACCAAGAACCUGGCAGAGCUGUUAUCAGACCGCGAGGGCAUCUCACACAGUAUGCAGGCCAGUCUGGACGAGGCUACUGACCCGUGGGGUAUCAAGGUGGAGCGUGUGGAGAUCAAGGAUGUGAAGCUGCCCCACCAGCUGCAGAGAGCCAUGGCUGCAGAGGCAGAGGCCACCCGGGAGGCCAGGGCGAAGGUGAUAGCGGCGGAGGGGGAGAUGAACGCCUCUCGGGCCCUGAAGGAGGCGUCUCUAGUGAUCGCUGAGUCUCCAUCAGGCCUCCAGCUGAGAUACCUCCAGACCCUCACCACCAUCGCUGCGGAGAAGAACUCCACCAUCAUCUUCCCUCUGCCCAUGGACGUCAUCAGUCACUUCAUGAAGAAGUGAUGUCAUCAAAACUCGCCACCCGCCACUCCUGUCUAAUGUAACCAUUCAAUCAGUUUGUUUAGUUGAUUCAGGUGAUUUGAAAGAAGAAGAAAAAAAGUUUCAUUUAUUUUCUGCGAGGAUUGUUUCAGAUUUCAGGAUCAGAUGGGAAUGAAACACAACCCAAUAACCUUUUAGGGAAUGUAUAUCUGUGUGGUCAAGACCUUCAUUUGUCUGUUAUGGUGGAAAUUGAAAACCAUUUAAAUGUCUUUCUGGUGUGUUAAAAAAAUAUGUUUGAAAUACACUGUUAUAUUGAAAAUU